GCAGUUGUGUGGUCAAAACUCGACCAAAAACUAUGGACUGGACUCAGACUUCAAGUGACGAGAGCAUUCGUUUUUACUUGUUGGAUGAAACCAAGACUUGACUAAGACUUGCUCAAGACAAUGUCCUUCAGGGGUCAAGACCACACUCAGCUGAGACUCUUUGGGCUCCACAUUUGAUGAAACUAUGACCUUCAGACUAGACUGAAGGGUCUAAUGUUGACUGGGACUUUUUGGGGUCAAGACGAAAGAAGUGGUCUGGACCUCAACUGGACUCGAACUAUUGUGGUCAGCACAGGCUGCAUCACUGCAGGGUGUAAGCCCUUGGUCAUCACGUGUUAUUCAGGGAGUUUCAGAAUAUAUUUGCUGCCUUUUUUUUCUUCUAUCAGUUGGAAUGACUGGCAGAGCUUGCAGUGUGGGGGGAGGGAUGUGAAAGAGGAAGUGUUCAGGACUCUGACCUUUGUGUAUACACACACACACACACUAACACACACCUGGAAGUAACAGACAAACGGCACUUGUCGGAGGACAGAGCUGUUUUCCGAGAUGUGGCUCGACUCGGCCAGCACUUCAGACAUGUAAAUGAAAGUCUGUGCUGGUCCUCAUUAGGAACUGAGGGCGGCUGAUUUCCGUCUUGAUUUCACUAAUAUGUGAAAGGAGUCGCUGAAAAAGAAAAGGGGAAGGAAGAGGAAAGAGUUGAAGGCUGCGACGAGCGUAUCGCCACUCACUUGAGCUUUGACCUGUCACAGAAACAGCUAAAGCGGCGUCAUGGUUCGGUGGUUCCACAGAGACCUCAGUGGAGUGAAGGCAGAGGAAAUCCUCAAGUCUCAGGGAAUUCACGGCAGUUUCCUGGCUCGACCCAGCAAGAAGAACGUUGGAGACUUUUCCCUCUCGGUCAGGGUUGGCGAGCAGGUGACCCACAUCCGUAUCCAGAACACGGGAGACUACUACGACCUGUACGGCGGGGAGAAGUUCGCCACGCUGUCGGAGCUGGUGGAGUACUACACGGCAGAUAACGGCAUCCUGCAGGACAAAGAUGGCACCUUGAUCGAGCUCAAGUACCCGCUCAACUCCUCCGACCCCACCACCGAGAGGUGGUAUCAUGGCCACCUCUCUGGUCCAAACGCAGAGAAGCUGCUUGCUGCUCGAGACGAGGCCGGAACCUUCCUGGUCAGAGAGUCUCUGUCCAAACCUGGAGACUUCGUGCUCUCAGCUCUGACAGAUGAGAAGAACAAGACAGGCGGAAAAAGAGUCUCUCACUUCAAGAUCAAGUGCAAGAACGGCAGAUACACUGUCGGCGGCACUGAGAUGUUCGACUCCCUGGCCGACUUGGUGGAGCACUACAAGCGUGAAGGCAUCGAGGAAGUCACCGGAAACUGGGUUUAUCUCAAGCAGCCGUACUUCUCCACCAGGGUGAAUGCUGCAGACAUCGACAGCCGAGUCAAACAGCUGGAUCAGACCAAGCAGGCGGAGGAGGAUGCCGGAGGGGAGAAGAGCAAAGCUGGCUUCUGGGAGGAGUUUGAUACACUUCAGAAGAUGGAGGCAAAGGUGACAAAGAGCCGUGAGGAGGGUCAGAGGCCUGAAAACAAGAGCAAGAACAGAUACAAGAACAUUCUUCCCUUCAAUGACACGCGAGUCGUGCUGCAGGACAGCGACCCCAACGUGGUGGGCUCCGAUUACAUCAACGGCAACUACAUUCGGAACACCCUGCGUGAGCCUGGAGCUCAGAAGGUCUACAUCGCCACGCAGGGGUGCCUUGCCACCACCGUCAACGACUUCUGGCAGAUGGUUUGGCAGGAGAAGACCAGUGUGAUCGUCAUGACCACCAGGGAGGUGGAGAAAGGACGGAACAAAUGUGUCCCGUACUGGCCAGACAAGGAGACUACCUCAGAAAUGGGAUCGUACCUGGUCACCACCCAGUCUGAAAGCGAAGUUACAGAUUACAAAGUCAGAGUUCUGAAUCUUGCCCGGCGGGAUAAGCCCAGACACUCCCGCACCAUCUGGCACUACCAGUACAUGAGCUGGCCGGACCACGGCGUCCCCCAGGAGCCCAGCGGCAUCCUCAACUUCCUCACUCAAGUUAACGCCAAGCAGGCCGAGUACGGCGACGUCGGCCCCAUGAUCAUCCACUGCAGCGCCGGGAUCGGUCGCACCGGCACCAUCAUCGUCAUCGACAUGAUCCUGGAGACCAUCAACACCAUGGGGAUGAACUGCGACAUCGACAUUCCCAAGCACAUCCAGAUGGUGCGGGAGCAGCGCUCUGGGAUGGUGCAGACCGAAGCCCAGUACAAGUUUAUCUACCUGGCCGUGUCCGAGCACAUCGACACCACCAAGACCAAAGACACCGCCUCCAUGGAAGCGGAGACAGAGUAUGGGAACCUGCGGCUCCGGCAGCAGCCAGUGAGCAGGAAGGCUUCCAGGAACACGGAGGACGUGUAUGAAAACGUGAGCAAAGGAAAGAAGGAGAUCAAGAAGGCGAAGCCCGACAAGAAGAGCGGGUCUGUCAAGAAGAAAUAGGAGGAGGACUUGUUUGUUGUUGUGUAUUUAUGCAAGAAACAUCAGUGUUACAAUUAAAUCAAAUAU